CAGAUCUGCUGACACUUCCUUUCAGCCCAGGUGCUUGGGGUGAGGUGCCAAAGGUUCCCUAUAAAGUGCUGGGGCUCCGGCUGUGUCCACUCACCCGUCAGUGCCAGGCCCGCUGUGCUGAGAGGACCCCCCACCACCACCAUGGUGAGGCUCGUGCUGCCCAACCCGGGCUUGGAGAACCGAAUCCCGUCCCUGAGUGAGCUGGACGUCAUUGAGAAGGAGGAGGCCAGCUCGCGGCCCAAGUGGGACAACAAGGCGCAGUACAUGCUCACCUGCGUGGGCUUCUGCGUGGGCCUGGGCAAUGUAUGGCGCUUCCCCUACCUGUGCCAGAGCCACGGCGGAGGAGCGUUCAUGAUCCCUUUCCUCAUCCUGCUGGUCUUGGAGGGCGUCCCCUUGCUCUACCUGGAGUUUGCCAUCGGGCAGCGGCUGCGCAAAGGCAGCGUGGGCGUCUGGAGCUCCAUCCACCCAACCCUGAAGGGCGUAGGCAUCGCGUCCAUGUUUGUGUCCUUCAUGGUGGGUCUCUACUACAACACGAUCAUCGCCUGGGUCAUGUGGUACUUCUUCAACUCCUUCCAGGACCCCUUGCCAUGGAGCGAGUGUCCACUCAAUGCCAACCGGACGGGCUACGUGGAGGAGUGCACCCUCAGCACGCCAGUGGACUACUUCUGGUACCGGGAGACCCUCAACAUCUCUGACGCCAUCAGCAACUCGGGCUCCGUGCAGUGGUGGGUCCUGCUCUGCCUGACGUGCGCUUGGAGCGUCCUGUACGUGUGUGUCAUCCGCGGCAUAGAGACCACUGGCAAGGCCGUGUACAUCACGUCCACGCUGCCUUAUGUCGUCCUGACCAUCUUCCUCAUCCGAGGCCUGACACUCAAGGGAGCCACCAACGGGAUCGUCUUCCUCUUCACACCCAAUGUCACGGAGCUGGCCAACCCAGUGACCUGGCUGGACGCGGGGGCCCAGGUCUUCUACUCCUUCUCACUGGCUUUUGGGGGUCUCAUCUCCUUUUCCAGCUACAACUCCGUCCACAACAAUUGUGAGAUGGAUGCGAUAAUCGUGUCCAUCAUCAAUGGCUUCACGUCCGUGUACGCAGCCACCGUGGUCUACUCCAUCAUCGGCUUCCGUGCCACCGAGCGCUUCGAUGACUGCUUCAGCAAGAAUAUCCUGACGCUCAUCAAUGGGUUCGACCUGCCCGAGGGCAACGUCACCCAAGAGAACUUCGUGGAAAUGCAGCAGUGGUGCAAUGCCACCGACCCCGCGGCCUAUGCGAAGCUCACGUUCCAGACCUGUGACAUGACCUCCUUCCUGUCGGAGGGUGUGGAGGGCACCGGGCUGGCGUUCAUCGUCUUCACGGAGGCCAUCACCAAGAUGCCGGUGUCUCCGCUGUGGGCCGUGCUCUUCUUCAUCAUGCUCUUUUGCCUGGGCCUGUCCUCCAUGUUUGGGAACAUGGAGGGUGUGGUUGUGCCCCUGCAGGACCUCAAAGUCAUCCCCAAAAAGUGGCCCAAGGAGCUGCUCACAGGCCUCAUCUGCUUGGUGUGCUACUUCAUUGCCUUCAUCUUCACGUUGAACUCUGGCCAGUACUGGCUCUCCCUGCUGGACAACUAUGCCGGCUCCAUCCCCCUGCUCGUCAUUGCCUUCUGUGAGAUGUUUGCUGUGGUCUACGUGUACGGUGUGGACAGGUUCAAUAAGGACAUCGAGUUCAUGAUUGGCCACAAGCCCAACCUCUUCUGGCAAGUCACGUGGAGAGCGGUCAGCCCCCUGCUCAUGCUGGUCAUCUUCCUGUUCUUCUUCGUGGUCCAGGUCAACCAGAAGCUCAUGUACAGCGUCUGGGACCCUGCCUAUGAGGAAUUUCCCAAAUCCCACAAGGUCUCGUACCCAGACUGGGCAUACGCCGUGGUGGUCGUCGUGGCUGGGGUGCCCUGCCUCACCAUCCCCUGCUUCGCUAUCUACAAGUUCAUCAGGAACCGCCUCCAGAGGCCAGAGCAGGGGCUGGUCAGCACGCUGUCCACAGCCUCCGUGAACGGGGACCUGAAGUACUGAGCAGCCCUGCCCACGGCUGCUCGUGUGCAUGUAUAUACACAAGCAUGAGCGUGAGUGUGCAUGGGGUGAGUGUGUACAUGUGAGAGCAUGUGUGCAUGACACGUGAGUGUGUGUAUACUGGAGUACGUGUACAAGUGUGCACUGACAUGUGUGAGCGUGGGGGAUUGUGCACGUGGGUGUGUAUAUGCAUGUGUGAAUGUGUGUGAGUGUGCAUGUGGGUGAGUAUGUAUAUGCAUGUGCAAGUGUGCAUGUGUGUAUAUAUAUGGGCGUGCACAUGUAUAUGUUGUGUGAGCAUGUGCAUGUGUGCAUAUGUGUGUGCAUAUAUACAUAUGUCUGCAUGCAUAAGUUAUAUAUACAUGUAAGUUAUAUAUGCAUGUAUGUGUACACACGAGUGAAUUGUGUAUACUGUGUGCUUGCACAUGUGCGUACAUGUGCUCGUGUGCACAUGCAUAUAGGCAUACGUGUACACCUGUGUAUACAUGCAUGUCUGUGUACACAUGUCUAUGUGUAUAUAUACACAGGUGUGGGUAUGUGUAUUUAUAAAUGCAUAUGCAUGUGUAUACAUGUGCCGUGUGGUGUAUACAUGUGUGUAC